CCUGGUUCCAGGCUCUUUUAUUUGGGAAGGGUGGCGGUGCGAAAUACCGUAACAUGAGCGCUCAGGGCUCUAACAAGUUUAAACUCGAAAAUCGUCUGCCGAUUUGGGAUGUUAACGCAAUGUGUUGUUGUUUAUAAGGCAGUUAAGUGGCAGCGUAUGUCAUGGGAAUACAUUUUUUAUUUCGAUGAGACAAUUACAGCUCGCUAAAAAUUGCCCACAUCUCUAGCGGGAAUUUUUAAACACGCAGCCCGCUACAAACGUGACAGCGAGCUAAUUUGACCACAGUGUGAAUGGUGAAACACCGCUUAAAUGAAGUGUACCUAGAAGGCUACGUACUUGGAGGAUAACUAAACAACUUCCAUAAGUUAUCCUACGUUUUGGCUGCUGGUGUUGAGGCUGUGCAUUUGUGCAGCUGCGUGGAAGACCAGAGAACAUACUAGGUGAAAGCGACAGUGAGGGAAAUAACUAGCCAGCUAGCUAGCGAUACCAGCUAGUCACGUUACUAGACCACAUCUCACCGCCAGACCAGGCUGCUCCAGCAGUGAGUCAGUAUGAUGGAGUUCGGCGUGGGCGCUGCGACGGGGAGCCCAGGUCUGCCUGGAUCCACAGCAGCCACCAGCCAUGACGCCUCCUUCUCCACCAAGGACGACAGCGGUCUAAGAGCCCCUCACCCGGAGGCAGAGGGUCUUGUUCCUGAACUGACCAUCAGCAUGCACCCCCGAGAGAGACCUGACUGGGAGGAGACCAUCAGCGCCAUGGCACGCAGUGCUGAGGUCCCAGAGUUGAGGACUGAGCAUGCUCUGUGCUCCUUCAGCAGCACGGCCAGCAUGAAGGUCAAGAACAUCAAGAAGCUGUCCUUCACUAAGGGACACUUCCCCCAGCUGGCAGAGUGUGCACACUUCCACUAUGAGAAUGUGGACUUUGGCUCCAUCCAGCUGUCUCUUGCGGACGAACAAAGUGAAGCGACGAGGAAUGGCUACGAGUGGCAGGAACUGGUGUACCUGGUCCAGAUCUGCUGCCAGGGCCGCAGCUGGAUGGUGAAGCGCAGCUAUGAGGAUUUCCGCGUCCUGGACAAGCACCUGCACCUCUGCAUCUACGACCGGCGCUUCUCUCUGCUGCCUGAGCUGCCCCGAGGAGACAGCCUGCGAGACCGCACUGAGGCCGUGUGCCAGAUGCUGAUGGCCUACCUGUCCCGCCUGUCAGCCAUCGCCGACAACAAGAUCAACUGUGGGCCCGUCCUCACCUGGAUGGAGGUGGAAAACAAGGGUAACCACCUGCUGGUCCAUGAAGAGUCGUCCAUCAAUGUCCCUGCCAUUGCUGCAGCCCACGUCAUCAAACGCUACAACGCCCAGGCAGCCGACGAGCUCUCCUUUGAGGUUGGGGACAUUGUGUCUGUGAUUGACAUGCCCCCCAAGGAGGACACCACCUGGUGGAGAGGCAAGCACGGCUUCCAGGUUGGUUUCUUCCCCAGUGAGUGUGUUGAGCUGAUAAACGACAAGGUGCCGCAGUCCGUCACCAACUCUGUGCCAAAGCCAGUCUCCCCCUGCUCCGGCCUGAGGCCCACCUCCUGGAGUCUGUUUCCACCCUAUCUGGAGAUGGAGAGUAUAAAGCAGGACAGUUUGUGGGUUGACCCAGUGACCCCCUGCGGGCUGAACUCAGUGUCUAAGAAACACGGGAAGCUGAUCACGUUCCUGCGCAGCUUCAUGAAGUCCCGGCCGUCCAAGCAGAAGCUGAAGCAGCGGGGGAUCCUGAGGGAGAGAGUGUUCGGCUGCGACCUGGGAGAACACCUGCUCAACUCAGCCCACGAACACCUGCUCAACUCAGCCCACGAUGUCCCUCAGGUCCUCAGGAGCUGCACAGACUUCAUCCAGAAGCACGGCGUGGUGGACGGGAUCUACCGCCUGUCUGGGAUCGCUUCCAACAUCCAGAAACUACGGCAUGAGUUUGACUCGGAGCAGAUCCCUGACCUGACCAAAGAUGUGUACCUGCAGGACAUCCACUGUGUGGGCUCGCUGUGCAAGCUGUACUUCCGUGAGCUGCCGAACCCCCUGCUCACGUACCAGCUCUACGAGAAGUUCUCAGAGGCUGUGUCAGCAGCCACAGAUGACGAGCGACUCAUCAAAAUCCAUGAUGUCAUCCAGCAGCUGCCUCCGCCACAUUACAGGACGCUGGAGUUCCUCAUGAGGCACCUGUCCCACCUGGCCACCUUCAGCUACAUCACCAACAUGCACAGCAAGAACCUGGCCAUCGUCUGGGCUCCUAACCUGCUGAGGUCCAAGCAGAUCGAGUCUGCCUGUUUCAGUGGGACGGCUGCCUUCAUGGAGGUCCGGAUCCAGUCUGUGGUGGUGGAGUUCAUCCUCAACCAUGUGGAUGUGUUGUUCAGCCCCAAACUCAGCUCUCUGAUACGGGAGGGAGCAGGCCACAACUCGUUGUCCCGUCCCAAGUCCUUGCUGGUGUCGUCCCCCUCCACUAAGCUGCUGACCCUGGAGGAAGCGCAGGCGCGGACGCAGGCCCAGAUCAACUCCCCCGUCACGGCCGACAGCAAGUACAUCGAAGUGGGGGAAGGCCCUGCCGCGCUGCAGGGCAAGUUCCACACCGUCAUCCAGUUCCCCACCGAAAGGAAGCGGCCCUCCAGCAGGAAGUCUCCUGUGAGCAGCUGGCGAUCCUUCUUCACGCUGGGCAAGGCUUCCUCCAUGUCCAAACGCAAGCUGCAGCGCAACCCCAGCGUGCCCACCGAGCUGAAGGCCAUGGCUCUGACAGGUGGCAGAGCCGACACUGGGACCCUCCGCUCAGCUAAGAGUGAGGAGUCUCUCACUUCUCUACACAACGUGGAAGGAGAAUCAAGGAUGUACCGUCCUCGGCGCCCUCGCUCCAGCAGUGAUGCCCUCUCAGCCUCCUUCAACGGCGACCUCCUGGACAGCCGGCAUCACUGCAACUCUUAUGACAACUUGACCCCCGGGGAGAGUGACGGAGACGACGGGCCAAUCCGUGUCCCAGUCCUCAUCUCCCCCCCGCGCUGCGCAGGCGAGGACGUGGACCUCAGCCCCCCCGACAUCGGCAUGGCCUCGCUGGACUUUGACCCCAUGUCCUUCCAGUGCAGCCUGGCCUCCCCCUCCCUCCCCCUGGCCCCCCCUGGGGCCCUGGCCCCCCCUGGGGCCCUGGCCCCCCCUGGGGCACUGGCCUCCCCCGGGACCUUGUGUGGGGAGGGUGCCGGUCUGACGAGUGGCAGCAGCCACAACACAGAGCUGCUCUCUCCAACCCUCUUCAGCAAGUUCACCAAACCCUUCCCAGCCCUGAGCGCAGGCCUGGGAGAUAAGCCACGCAGCAACAAGCUGAGCAGCUCGUAUUCCUACUCAGAGAAACCCAUUCAGGCCGUCUCCCCCAUUAAGAGUGGACAGUCUGCCAGCGUGGCUCCUCUGAGCACUCCGGAGCUGUUUAGCGUGGAAUGUCCCGGUCAGCGUGCCCUGGGUGCCAGUCUCUCCCUGCCAUCCCCCCCCGCCCCGGACCCCGGACCCAGGGACUCUCCCAGCAUGGAGUCUCUGUUCCUGAGGCCAGGAGAGCCCUCUCUGAGCCAAGCUUUCCAGAUGGAGCUGGACUGGAAGCUGACAGCCAUGGACGCCACAGACAGGCAGGACGUCCUGGUGGACGAGGGGGACAAGCCAGCUGCUGUCAGCUCGGAGCAUCUAGGAUCCACAGCUGUCCACGGCCCCGCCCCCAGCUCGCCCCUCCUCCCUGCCCCUCCCACUACCCAGAGCUCUGCCUGUAGGCUGGUCCAGGAGGCCUCUGCUCUGGUUCCCAGGACCCAGGAGCCCCCAGAAGGGGCCCCCCUCCCCCAGCCGGUCCCAGACUCCAAAGGCUGUCCAUCUGGCUCACACCCCCACACCCCUGUCGUUGAGGAAACGCAAUCCAGAGUUGCCCUGCCCCCCACCUCCUCCGCCCCCUCCUCUCCCCAUCUCGCCCCCCCUGCUGGCAUGCAGGAGCCCCUUGGGGGGGCCAGGACCUCCUCCACCCCCCCCGGGCCCAGCCGGGGCAUGGACGUCCCUCCUGGCGUGACCCCCCCUCCCCAGAGGACCCCCGCCGGCCCCCCCGUCCAGAGGGAGCCAGCGGCACCGUGUCCGGGUCCUCCUCCUGGCUCCGCCCCAGGAAGCCCCCCUGCUGUGCUGCCCCAGCCUCCCUCUCAGGUCCCUGACGAGGCUGAACUGCCCAGACCCUGCGAGCCUCUACAGUCUCAGCCUCAAACAGAGGCUCUGCUGCCCAUACAGCAUCAGGUGCAGACACAGCCUCAACCUCACAAACAGCCUUAUCCCCAGCCUCAACCUCACAAACAGCCUUAUCCCCAGCCUCAGCCCCAGCCUAACAGCAGAGGGGCCUCUGCCCCCUCCGUAGACGAGCCUGUGGUGAAGAAGCCUUGGGAGGCCAUCAGACCGGUGCAGCCUGAGGCCCGGCCCCCCCUCGGCCCCCCUCCUGCCCCCCCUGUUCGCUCCAUCGAGAGCAGACUGGCCACUGCAGCUCUUAGCCAGACAGAGGCCAGCCACGCCACUAACUUCCCCAGCCUGCCAGUGGAGGCCCCUGGCCCCGCAGCCCCCCAGCACCCUCCCCACCCCCCUCGCAAGCCUGCCUCCCUCCAGGCCGCCUACCUGUACCACCACAGCCAGGGUGAUGCCCUGCCUUCUGCCAGCGAGGCCUUCUACCAGCAGCGGGGCCUGGUGGCCCAGCCCUCCUCGGUGUACCACCACCGGCCCGACACCGGCCCUCCCCACCUCUCCUACGCAUCUAAGACUGAGCCUCAGAUACCUUACAGCGCCCGCGACGUCCACUACAGCACCCUGGGCCCCCGCCACUACCCCCAAGCUGCCAGGCCCUGGGGCCCCCCCAGGAGGGAGCACGCCUCCCCGGGGCCGGGGCACCGCGGCCAGGCCUGCUGCCCUGCUGACGGAGCCCAUGUCUACCCCAGCCUCCGCAGAGUGCACUCGCUGCAUGCACCCCCCAGCCUGCUGCCCCUCCCCCCCCAGAGGAGCCACGCCCCCCUGGACGAGGAGCUGCUGUUCUACCGGCACCCCGUCUACAGCUGCCCCGCCUACCAGGCUCCCCAGGCAGACUACCACGUUACCCAGCUGCAGCCCUACUUUGAGAACGGCCGGGUCCAGUACCGCUACAGCCCCUACUCUGGCGCCAGCCCUCUGGACUCGCCCUUUUACGACGUGGACCCCUACGGGACGGUCCGCCUGCGACACACACACUCCUUCGGCGGCAGGGACGUCGGCCCCGGCCGGAUGGGCAGCAAGGCCGGGGGGUACCACUUCCUGUCCCGCCACGCCCCGCCCCCAGGCCAAGAGCACGGCUUCGUGAGCAGGGACAUGCCCCCCGGGCGGGGCUCCAAGGGGGCGGUGUACGUCUCCUGGGACCCCGAGGAGUGGGAGCAGCUAGGCAGGCUGUCGCUGCACAGGGACAGCCGUCCUCGGCAGAGGGUGAAGGCUCCGGUCAUGUCCCAGUACGACAACGUGGGCUUGUUCCUGCCCACUGACGUGUCUGGCUACGACUCGCUGCACCUGCGCAGUAAAUCUGACCCCGGCGAUGGCAUGCUGAUGGCUGCCGAGGGCGGCGAGGGCCGCCGGCCCACCAGACAGCUGCCCCCAGACCCAGAGGUGCUCCUGUACCUGGAGGCGGAGAAACUCUGCCAGGGUAACCAGGGCAACGGGACGGCCAAGCACAGCAGCUCCAGGGCCUGCCGAGCCUCACACCCUCAAGCCCCGCCCCCGGCCCGCAGCGUGGCUAAUCAGCAGGAGUCAAGCCGGCGUGAGGUGGAGGACAGUAGGGCUGGAGGCAGCAGGUGGCUGGAGCCCUCAGAGGCCAGGAGCCUCCAGCCUCGAUACGAAACUGAGCUGGACGGCCUCCCCAGCAGGGUGAAAACCUUGAGUGGCCACCCCACUGCUGCCCCGCCCCCCGCCCCGCCCCCGAGGCCAGACAGGUCCCACAGCAGGACUCGGGAGCCUCCUGAUGCAGACCGGGACUACUCCUACCAGAGACUCAGCACCAUGACUGUCCAGUCCCACUAUGACAACAUAGACGACUUCUCCCCUGGCCUCCAGCCCCCCUCCGGCCAGCCCCCCCUGACCAGCUUCCCCUCUGGCCUCCAGCCCCCCUCCGGCCAGCCCCCCCAGCCCAGCUUCCCCUCUGGCCUCCAGCCCCCCUCCGGCCAGCCCCCCCAGACCAGCUUCCCCUCUGGCCCCCAGCCCUCCUCCAGCCAGCCCCCCCAGCCCAGCUUCCCGGCCCCCGGCAGGGCUUACUCUACGGCCCUGGGCCAGGGGGCCUUCCUCCCGGAGCAGAGGCUGCAGAGGCCAGACACACACAUACACGCAGAAUGACUCACUUCUGCUACGUGAAGGAAAGUAGUUGGACCUGAAGCCCAGCAGUCUCCGCAGGACAGCUGGUCUGACCGGGGUUUUCAUGAAUUCAGUCAAGUCAAAUUCUGAAACACUUUUUACAAAUGGUACCAAAUGUACCAUAAUUCCUUACAAAUUGCCAUUCUGAAAUGACUUGGCCAAUCAUAUGAAGCUCUUUGAUAUUAAAGACAAAAGGUCCAUCACACCUGAAUUACAAAAAUAUAAAACAUGUAUUCAACAAGCUACUGGUAAAAAUGUAUUUUCUUCCUCCCCAGAAUAUGAUUUGGCGUCUGUGCGUAUCAAACAUAAUGGGGAAGUUUUGCAUUUUAGAAAUGCAUGUCCACUUGUCUGUGACAGCGCAGGUCUGUGAUCCAAUGUGUACCCUUUGGAUGUUGGAGGAUGGAAAUCUGCUAAUCUUUGUAGCCCCAUGUUGCUAUGGACACGCCUUGGCAAUACUACAUGAAUUCACAUCUGAAUUGGGUUCAGAAUAACAUGAAAUCUGCAAUAGGGUCCUUUCAGCUGGUACAGGAGCAUUUAAUUGUAUUUGUUCUGCAACUGUGCCAAUUCCUAUAUUUGAUGUAUUUUGCUAUGAAAAUAUGAAUUAAACUCAAGUGGAAUGUUUUGGCCCAGUGGUCUGUUCUUCAUUGUAAGAGGGACCAAACAUUGCGGGGAGUUUUCCAUAAGCAUUCCUGCACUAAUGUAUGGCCUCCAUGACUGGAUGUACGAUUGCCUGUUACCUUGCACAUGUAAACAAAGACCUUGUUUGUCCUGUAGUCCUUCCCCCAGUUAUUACAGGGUUUGGAUGGACUGUUAACUGAAUAAAGUUAAAUGGAAAUGUAGGAUGUGUGAAAGUGAAAAUCCAGUAUUUAUUUGACUGCGAUAAGGCACCCUCAUAAGUAGUAUUAAGAGUUUACUUCAUGGCAAAAAGACAAAACGUCAUUUAUACACAGACUAAAGGCAGCUCUACUUUUGCACUCAAGUACAUUUACAUAUUUUCAAACGUGUUUAACGUCAAUUUGCGUCGAUUGCCUCUGUGGAUCAGCAAAAUAAAAACAUUUAUGGGGUAGCCUAUUUUUAAUUACCCACAUUUUUCAUUAGACAAUGUUGUUCUAUUCAUGUCGGGUUUUAUUUAUAUUUUUUUAUCUGACCAAAUAAAUGUUUCUUGUUUCAGCA